GUCAAAACUAAAACCAGAAGACGAAAAGUAGGUAGGUAGGUAGGUUUCGAGGAAACAAAAAAAAACUACCUUGCUCAACUUCUCGCUGGUUCGAGAUGCGGGAGAAGUACGAACAGUGAAUAUGAGCUGCACAGGCGAAUGCCUGAAAACAGGUGAGCGUGAUGAGCAUGAAUCUGUCGGCCAAACUUGAGGAGCUCCAGGGAGGCGACCGACAGCUGGAAACUACGGCCGCACUCUGCGAGAUCAGAACGCAGCUGCAAGAGUUUACCAAGAGCGUGGAGUCAUGCCAGAGUGAAGUUUCAGAGGUAAAACGGGAUAUGGUAGCCAUCAAGCAAGAACUGGAGACUGUACAACUGGUGAAGGAAGAAAUAGAAGAACUCCGCGAAUAUGUUGAUAGGCUCGAGGAACACACCCAACAGAGGAAACUCAGGCUGCUCGAACAGGGCCUCACAUUCUUCCUGUCGUACGCUAUUUUUACGGCGGUGUUGGGAAUGCUACAAUUCGGAUACAACACUGGAGUCAUCAAUGCUCCUGGGAAAAACAUCGCAAACUUCAUAAAGGAUGUAUAUAAGAGCCGAUACGGGAUGGAUCUGCACGAUGACACGGUCAACAGGCUGUACUCAGUAGCGGUCAGCAUCUUCGCCAUCGGGGGCAUGGUGGGGGGCUUCUCGGGCGGAAUGAUUGCCAACCGGUUCGGAAGGAAAGGAGGGUUAUUGCUCAACAACGUACUCGGUAUCGGCGGCGCAAGCCUCAUGGGCUUUACCAGGAUCUCGCAUUGCUACGAAUUCCUCAUCUUUGGCAGAUUUAUUAUAGGCGUCAACUGCGGUCUGAACACAUCAUUAGUGCCAAUGUACAUAUCGGAGAUAGCUCCCCUGAACCUGAGGGGCGGAUUGGGCACCGUCAACCAGCUUGCCGUCACAGUCGGCUUGCUGAUCUCCCAGGUCCUGGGCAUCGAACAGAUUCUUGGAACGGACGAAGGAUGGCCAAUAUUGUUAGGUCUCGCCAUCUGUCCAGCGGUUCUACAGUUGGUCCUGCUCCCGGCCUGUCCCGAAUCUCCUAGAUAUUUACUCAUCACUCGUCAAUGGGAAGAAGAAGCGAGGCGAGCUCUGAGGAGACUGCGAGCUAGUAAUCAAGUCGAAGAGGAUAUUGAAGAGAUGAGAGCGGAAGAGCGAGCCCAGCAAUCGGAGGCUUCUAUUUCGAUGCGAGAGUUGCUCUGCUCGCCGACGCUGCGGGCGCCGCUCCUCAUCGGAGUCGUGAUGCAGCUCUCUCAGCAGCUUAGCGGAAUCAAUGCGGUGAUAAACUACUCCACGUUUCUCUUCACUUCUUCGGGCCUGACGGAGGAGUCGGCGAAGUUUGCAACAAUGGGCAUCGGGGCCAUCAUGGUCGGGAUGACGUUGGUGUCUUUGCCGCUGAUGGACAGAACCGGACGACGCACCCUCCAUCUGUACGGUCUCGGAGGAAUGUUCAUCUUCUCCAUCUUCAUCACGAUCUCCUUCUUAAUAAAGGAGUUCUUCGGUUAUGUGCAGGAAAUGAUCGACUGGAUGAGCUACCUGUCGGUGGUGUCGACGCUCAGCUUCGUGGUGUUCUUCGCCGUGGGCCCCGGCUCCAUACCCUGGCUGAUCACGGCGGAGCUCUUCUCCCAGGGUCCGCGGCCGAGCGCCAUGGCGAUUGCCGUCUUAGUUAACUGGAUGGCGAAUUUCGUUGUCGGAAUCGGUUUCCCGAGCAUGAAGGCGGUGCUGGACAACUACACGUUCCUCCCGUUCAGUGUCUUCCUGGCGAUCUUCUGGAUAUUCACAUACAAAAAGGUUCCCGAGACGAAAAAUAAGACCUUCGAAGAGAUAUUAGCGCUGUUCCGGAAUUCGAACGGCAGGGACAGCUUCCGCGACGACCACAUCUACGGCAGCGCGCUGAACUGCGUCAACGGUUUGGAGCAGCAGCUGCUCCCCCCGCCGCCGCCGCCCCUCCCCGCGCCCCUCGACGUCAAACGCGACUCAGUGUCGGAGCAGUGGUCGGGGGGAGAGGCGGGCCGGCCGCCGCCGCGGCUCCCCGCCACCCGGCACGUGUAAUGAAUUAUCAAUCGUAUGUAUACACUGGUAGGGAUGAAAACGAUCUAUCCGUUUCUCACAUAAUUAUAUAAUAAAUCUAUCGCCUCCGAAUAAGUAACGCUCAAACAAUUGUAUAAAAACCGAAGCUAGCGUUUCGAUAGAGGUUCGUUUAAAAACUGUGAAAUUACCCCCCCCCCCAGCCUCCCCUCCCUCUCUUUCUCCCUUCUCGUCCUAAAUCCUCGCAUGGAUUCUUAUUAUUCAUGCAUACGCGUUCCUUCUAAGUUAAGGUCCUAAAUUAAUGCGACGAGGCCAAUCAAUCAAGAAUGGCUCGAAGACACAGCUGAUGAUAUUUAAGAAAGUAAGACAUUUUACCACACAUGACAAUGUAUAUAUACACUAUGUUAUCUACACUAUGUAUAUUAGGAUAUAUAAUGUAAUUGUCUCUGUACCAUAUUGUUUAUAACGCGCAAUUAGCGACAAACAAUAAGCACUGUGAUUUUAUUAUUAUUAUUAUUAUUGAUUAUGUAUAUACUUUUAUUGUAUUGAUUUGAUGUUGAUUUUUUGUUAUCUCGAAGACUGAGUUUUGUUUAGUUAUUGAAUUGAUACAUUAUGGUUUUAAGUAGUCAGUAGUCGCAAGUCGGUUAGAGAAAGAUUUGAGACGGAAUUGAUUCAGUUUAUUAAUAAAACAAAUACAAUAAGACUAUGAGGAAAUGUAAUAAAGUAAAAACUGUUUAUUCGCGGUGUAUACAUUCCGUGAAUAUGUCGCGUAUGCAGAAACUGUGAAUAUGGAAAAGUGCGUUUACAAAGGAUAUUAGGUUGGAUACUGGUGGUAGGACCUCUUGUGAGUCCGCGCGGGUAGGUGCCACCGCCCUGCCUAUU